AUGAUCCUGGUGGCCGUCGUCGCAGCCACCGCUUACUCGGCCGCCCGCGGCGGGACGCUUGCGGAGGUGACGCAGCCGGCUUCGGCCGCAAUCUGCGACAACGUGACCCAGCACUCGGGCUAUUUCAAGCUGACGACCGGGAGAAAGCAUUACUUCUACUGGUUCUUCGAGAGCCGGUCGGCGCCGAAGACGGACCCACUCGUGCUGUGGAUGACCGGUGGGCCCGGCUGCAGCAGUGAGGUCGCGCUCUUCGGCGAGAAUGGUCCUUGUUCAGUGAGCGCCGCUGGCACGGGCACGAUCCGCAACAAGUACAGCUGGAACACGCGGGCCAACCUGGUGUACAUCGACCAGCCCGCGGGCACGGGCUUCUCGUACGGCAGCGGCCUCGAUCACGACGAGGCGGGCGUCGCGCGCGACAUGUACGACUUUCUGCAGCAGCUCCUCCAGGCGCACCCCUCGUUGCAGCCGCUCGACUUUUAUGUCGUGGGCGAGUCAUACGCAGGGCACUACGUGCCUGCUGUUACGCACGAGGUGUGGGCAAACAACAAGGCGCUGCCGAGCGGCGCGAUCCAAAUCAACCUCAAGGGCCGAGUUGAUCCGAGACUCGCCGAUAUUAGAUCCGGAUCCACCUCCAGAGUCACCAGAGAUGAGCGGCACAUCAUCAGCAGGGCACGGCCAUGGCCAACGGGCUAUCGGCGCGACGGCACGUCCGUGGGCAACGGGCUCGUCGCUCCCGAGAUUCAGUACCAGUACUACAAGGACAUGGUCGUCUCGACCAACGGGCACAAGCCCGCCGUGGGCAACCUGACGCACGCUGCGAUGCAGGCGGCCACGCCGGCGUGCAUCGCAGCGAUCAAGGCGUGCCAGGCCGUCGCCGCGUCGUGCUUGGUCGCGAUCGAGGUGUGCAACGCGGCGCUGCUACUGCCGUACCAAGCAAGCGGCAUGAACGUGUACGACAUGCGCGAGCCGUGCGAGAAGCCGCCGCUCUGCUACGACUUCUCCAACGUCGCCACCUACCUCGACCGCGCCGAAGUGCGUGCCGCCCUCGGCGUGGGUCAGCGCAAGUGGUCCGACUGCAACCACGUCGUCGCUCUCGGCUUCGAGCUCUCGGGCGACUGGAUGCAGAGCUACGAGAAGAAGCUCCCCGACCAGCUUGGCGACGGAGUGCGCGUCCUCAUCUACGCGGGGGACCAAGACUACAUCUGCAACUGGCUCGGCAACCAAGCCUGGGCACAGGCCACAAGCCGCCGCCGCACCGCGCCGACUUUGCGGCCACCAGCCCGGUGCCGUGGAUGGCGGGCGGCAAGCAAGCGGGCACGCUCCAGUCGUCGCACGGCUUCUCCUUUCUGCGUGUGUACGACGCCGGCCACAUGGUCCCUCGCGACCAGCCAGCCAACGCGCUCGCGAUGCUCCAUGCCUUCCUCGACGGCGAGAUGUGAGGGCCAGACGCACCGGCGCGGCGGGUCGGCGUAAGACACGUAGUUCGGCGAUGAUUGCGAGGAUCCGCGAGCAAAUACGGGGUUUCUCGCUCCCGCUUUUUGUUGUCUUUUCGUUAAUCCAGAUUGUCAGAAAUGAAC